AAAAUUCUAAAAUUUCAAUUGAAUGCCCCUUAAUAACUACUCUCUCUCUCUCUCUCUCGACAUUUCUCGAUCGAACUACCUUGGCGUGAGCUUCCCUCACCGAAAUAACUUCUCCAAGAAAACCCCCUUUUCUCAUCUCUCUCCUCUCUUGCCAUCUCUCAUGGCCUUUUUACCUCAAAAUCACUUCCAACAAUUCAUUCAGCAGCCGUCCUCACAGCCCCAACAAUCUAAGCCUUACAGGGAUAUGUAUAACAACAACAACAUGGAGGGUCAGAUUUCACAGCAAGUUGCCUACUUCAACACCCCGAAUCUUCUUGAUCACCACCCACCUUAUAUCCCUCCUUUUGAAGUGGCUGGAUUGGCCCCAGGCCCGGCCCAUGAGGAGAACGGGCCGGAUCUACAGUGGAAUUUUGGGCUCGAACAGAAGAGAAAGACACCAACGGAGCAAGUUUUCCUUGAGAACAGUAUUAAUAUCAACAACAGCAAUAAUAACUCUCAGAUGUCAUCUGUGGAUUUGUUGCAGGCCCGAUCAGUAUCUACUGGGCUGGGCCUCUCGUUGGAUAAUCCUCGAUUGACUUGUUCUUCGGGUGACUCGGCUUUGAUCGGUCUUGUGGGGGAUGGUCUUGAUCAGGAGUUGCAGAGACAGGAUGCCGAGAUUGAUAGAUAUAUUAAGCUUCAGGGUGAACGCCUCAGGCAAGCAAUCCUCGACAAAUUCCAGGCGACCCAACUCCAAACCAUGUCAUACAUCGAGGACAAAAUCGUCCAAAAGCUACGCGAGAAAGAAUUCGAGGUCGAGACCAUCAACAGAAAAAACGCCGAGCUCGAGACACGCGUGGAGCAGCUGGCAUUAGAAGCCAACGCCUGGCAUCAACGUGCCAAACAAAGUGAAAACACCAUCAACACCCUAAAGCUCAAUUUACAACAAAUGUACGCUCAGAGUCGGGAUAGCAAAGAAGGGUAUGGAGACAGCGAAAUAGACGACACAGCCUCGUGCUGCAAUGGUCAACCGGUUGACUCUCGUUCUCCAGCGAUGACGUGUAAGGUUUGUGGUGUGAAUGAGGUGUGCAUGCUACUGUUGCCAUGUAAGCAUUUAUGUUUAUGCAGGGACUGUGAAGGGAGGGUGAGUGUGUGCCCCUUGUGCCAGUCGUCAAAGUAUAUAGGAAUGGAAGUUUAUAUGUAGUGAUGUGAAUUUUUAAUGCGUGACGUGCGGUUUGACCUUUGACUAUCAUCUUAUUGUUGUGGAUUUAUGUGGUUUUAGUGUAUGAGGUUGUGAUGGGAUGAAGUUUAGUGGUGUAUGGGGAAGACGACUUAUACAUGAAUCGAACUUUUUAUUUUCUUUCUUCUGCUUUUUUAUUUUUGGGUAAAUUUAUUGAUUGCCGAACGGACAUUUUGCUUGUGCUAAGAGAUGUAUAAAUUGAGGAUUUGUUUUGUGCAUGUUCUCGUGAUGAGUGUGUCGAGAAUAGAACCGGCCUUCAUUUUUUUCGAAAGGAAAGAUAGUUUGAGAAAUGAUGUUUGAUGAAGCAAGGCAAAACAG